GCUCUCCGUUGCAGAUUCCCGCGGGAGCUUGGAGCCCGGCCUGGGGCGGGCCUUCCGGGAGACGAGCGCUCGGGAGAGGAAGGUCGCGAGUAGGGACUCUUGCUCCUUCCUGCUCAAGAAAUGUCUUCACUUUCAGAAUAUGCCUUGCGCAUGACUCGUCUGAGUGCCCGGCUGUUCGGUGAAGUGGCCAGGCCUACUGAUUCCAAAUCCAUGAAAGUGGUGAAACUGUUCAGUGAGCAGCCUCUGGCCAAGAGGAAGGAGACUUACGACUGGUAUCCAAAUCACAAUACUUAUUUUGCGCUCAUGGGGACUCUACGUUUUCUUGGCCUCUAUAGAGACGAGCACCAGGACUUCAGGGAUGAGCAGUUGCGUCUAAAGAAGCUUCGUGGCAAGGGGAAACCAAAGAAAGGAGAAGGGAAAAGAGCAGCAAAAAAGAAAUAGUGUUGGUCCAUCAGGAGAACAAAGUUCUUUCUCAGCAACUGACAGCAGAAGAAGGUGUAUUUACUUUCCACAUAUUCAAGGAAUGUAAGCUUCCGAAAUUGAAGAUUAUUUGGAGGAACACAAUCAUUUCUGUGUUGAAGUCCAAUCCAGUUGAAUUGUGACUGGUUUCCUGGACACAGUCUAAUUCUGCAAAGUUAUUUUGGCCUUGGUUUCAUACUCUGAUGUUUACCUCUUUCUCUAAAGAAAUGAAUGCAUAGGUGAUUGAAGAAUGACUCAUUUGGUAUGGGAAUGGGAUGUUGGGGACAUGGGGAACUUAAAUGAGCAUCCUUUAGUCUCCCCAGGAUCCCUUCUUGCUUCCCCACUACACCAGCCCUGAACUCUUCCAUCCAUCUGGCUGUUCAAACACUGUCUCCACCACCAAGCUUACAAACUUCAUGUACCUCUCCACAUACUCUUGGAGAGUAUCUACUAAGAUAGAUUUUUGGGAAAAGUAUCUACCUGUUAAGAGAGUACUGAGUGAGUACCUGCUGG